ACCAGCGUCAAAUAUUUUCAUCCGGUGAAGAAAAAGAAAGGAAUCAAACCCAGAGAUAGGAGGACUCUAGAAUAUUUAUCAUCAUUCACUGCAACUUUAAAUGAGGUGAUGUCGAAGCGAUCCCUAUCAGACAAUAGUGAUGGAUCGGAUCAGGACGACUCCCACUCGGUUUCCGAUGAUCAAGAGAUUGCAGCGAAGAAGCGGCGACUGGUUGCCUUUGAGACUGUACGACUUCUGUCCGUCAGUGGCGUCAAUGACAUUGACGAGAAGAAGGCGAAGGUACAGGCUUACAAACUCUCUGAAGCUCUUCGACACAAGAACAAACAGCUGAAAACGAAGGAAAGGGAGAUAGAGCGGCUUCGACAGCGUCAGAUGACUGACGAGAAUACCAGCUGCACUAUAAAUCGGCACUGGAACAACUUGGACGAGCAGUUACGACUGAUAGCAUUACGUGGUGCUUCAUCUGAGGAAGUUGAAGAGUUGCUCGAAAGCAAUGACGAAGCCUCUACAGGCGAUUUCUUGGAUGAAAUUGUACAAAUGGAGGGCGUCCAAGGAGAGCAUGUCUACGAUAAACGAGUGCAACAAAGCGUUCGCCUUUUUGAGAAGGUUAUGCAGCAACUAUCUCGAAAAUCGGAACACCAUCGUGCAUUCAGCAAGAAGUUGAUCAGCUUCUUCGAAUCGUCGUCCUUAGCCGGUGAAAGUCGAGAUGAGGCUUUCCAUAGUGUAGUAGUAGAAAAUGAGCGGCUGACAGAAGAGAACAGCCGCCUUCAACGAGAAACAAAUCGUGCUCAGCAAAAAUAUGCACGGUCCAGUCUCAAGAAUGCGAAGACCCAAAUUACAUUGUUAACUACUCGUAAUGAAGAACUCGCAAGGGAAUUAGAGGAGGCCAAGUUUGAUCUCGACAACAAGGCGCAACGGCUGGUGAACAAACUGGAUUACAAACUGUAUACACUCGCCAAGGACAACACAGCCCAUUGCGAACUGCGACCGAAUGCAAAGAUGCUCAAUGGUGUAUCCAACGGUGGAGGGAUGAGCGACUCACAGCUUGAAGAACUUCGUGCCGAAAGUGAACUGAAUGCGGACCUGGCAGCGAAACGACUACAGGAAAUUCAUGAGUUGAAUGAGCGCAUUCAGAAAUUUGUUGAAGAUGGUGUGCGAAUGGGAUGUGAACUUAAGUCUGCAUACAGCUCAUCAGCUCAGAUAAUGCAAAGCACAGAGUAUCAAAAUCUUGUUGCUUUCUAUUCCGUGGUUAUCGAUGAGUGCAGGAGGCUCAGAAGUGAUUACGAAGCUGUUACUGAGGAGCGUGAUUUGCUGAGGCAGGAAAUGCUGCAAAAGGUUGAAGAAAUGAAGGCGGAUGAACAUCAGUCUAUGCGAAAAAUGCGCUCUCUGUGUGAGCAGAUAACUCGGGAUCUGAACCAGAUGAGAACGGAGUCUGACAUGCUGCGAAUGGAGUUUGAGCAGUCUCUUGCUGCACACAGUAAACAGGAUGCAAAGCAGCAGGAUAUCAAAGUGUUGUUUGGUACGCUGAAAACACAAAAUUAUCAGCUGAAUUCGGACGUUGCAAAAUAUCGGAAGAAAUGGAAAGAAGGAGUGAACACAAAUUACAAAAUACAAACGGAACUUGAUGGCGAGAGGAGGCGGCUGGAGCGUUGUCUUGUCAUAGAGUUAGAUGAUGAGGAUUCGAAUGAACUUGCUAGUCCAGAUCAGUCAAGGGAUGACCUCGACGUUAGUGAUGAUGCGAACGGUGAAAGCAUUAGCAGUCUACAAGCAAAAAUUUUGGAACUGAAGCUAAAAUUGGAAGUGUAUGCUGAUAUAGGAACGGACGUGAGGGACAAAGCUGAGUUACUUGUUCGCGAGCGCCGGCUGAAGAGAGAAAAUGAGCGCUUAAUACACCAGAUCAAGCGUUUGGGAAAUAUCGAGCGAAAAGAGAGGAUGCGGUAUUUUGAAAUGGAUGCGAACCGCCUGUUUGCUCAGAAAGACAGCGAGAUUGAGCGACUGAAACGUGAGGUGACAAUGCUCAAGGAUACUGAAGCGUCUUUAAUGCUCGAUCUUGACAACACUGGCUCUGCGCUCGAAGAUCUGCAAGAACAGAAUGCCAAGCUGAUCUCCUUGCAAAAGGAAAACGAUGAGGGCCAUAUCAAAAUGAUGAAUGAUAGGAUUAUCGCUACUCAACUGCAAGCUCACCUGGAAUCGCAAGUGAAUAACCUGACAAGACAAAUUGCAGCGUUACAGUGUGAAAAGGAGUCCCAAAAUGAAGCCUUGCGGCUGGCUCUGGAAACAAUCGGCGUGAAAACAAAGGAGAAUGUAAGGCAAAAUCGUAUGAUCGAAGCUUUGAGAAAGCAGCUUACUGAACAGUCAUUGAAUACCGCUGAUCUGGGGACGCGUAGUGAGAAAAUCGGGGCGCAGCUGAGAGAUAUUCAAGAGGUUGUUGCUUCGAAGACACUGCAGCUCGAGGUAAUUGACCAGAGGAAACGUCGAUUGGAAGAGGAGAACUCAACGCUUCGAAAGCGUUUGGAGCGAGCGAAAAAGAGCGAGAAGCUGGGGAGUACGGACGCGGUGUUGAUGGAAGAAAUACGAGAACUCAAAGAUGUACUCACCUGUCCAUCGUGCAAGGUUAAUCGAAAAGAUGCUAUCUUGACCAAAUGUUUCCAUGUCUUCUGCAUGAAAUGCUUGAAAACGAGGUAUGACACAAGACAACGAAAAUGUCCGAAGUGUAACGCUGGUUUCGGCGCCAACGACUUCCAUAGGCAUUUUCCUGGUCGCGAUGCGAUUAGUCGUCGAUUUCAACUGAUUGCUCUACCUCACGCUGAACUACGUUCAUCGGCUGAUUCUUGCAACCGGUCGCUUCCAGCCAAGGAAUAUGAUGCUUCUCACAUUUGCUUCGCAGCGAGAUUAUUUUAUCUUUUCGAUAUGAUGUGUUCGAAUGAAAACCUUUCACCAUCUAUUACGGUCGUAGGCACUCGUUUUUGUGACUGC